AUGUCUUGCGAGUCGUCGCCGUCCUCUGGCGACCACGCGGAGCGUGGUAUGACACGUCAGUCUACCGGUGCGGGACCCUUAUGGGUGGGUCCUGUGUAUUACGACGGUCGGGACUUACAUUACGACCUGGAGCACCACGUGACUACCCGUCUUUACGCGAGGAGGGAUACUUCAGUCCGUGGUUACGGUGCGACGAUGAGUGAGACCGUUUUUGGCUAUAUGAGUUCGGACGCCCAGGCUUUGGUGAGGGCGAGUUCGCUGUUCCCGGUAGUUGAGACUUUCUGGGAGAUACUGCGACUCAACAUCUCCCUAUCUUUCUUGCGGUCAUUUAUGAGGUGGUGGUGGGACACUACCAAUACCUUCCAUUUUCCUUGGGGCGAGAUGACGAUUACUCCUGAGGACUACACCGCUUUGACGGGCUUGACCUUUACGGGGAUUCCCGUUCGACUGAGGUCUGGUGGCCCGCUGCCGACUGUUGUUGAGGGUACCAGGCUCAUGGCCUCGUGGCUGGGUCAGAGAUUGCCUUCGUACCAGGCCCGUAGGAUACCUUAUGCUGAUUUGAUGUGGGGCCUGGAGCAUGGGGUGGAGGAGUCGCCUUUGAGACAGGCCCGGUUGUUUUACCUCCACUUCAUCACUUCCACUUUUCUGUCGGGUCCUACUGACACCUUUGACCCGAGGUGGAUAGACCUGGUGGAGCACGUGUCUUCGCUAGGCGCGUACCGCUGGGGCGACUUGGGCUAUGCGACGCUCGUAGGCCAGAUGAGCUUGGCGGUGCGAGACUCGGAUCCCCGUAGACAUCAUUUCGUCAUUGCCUUGGCGGGGGCGCCGCGCUUGAUUGAGACGGAGACAGGGCGAGCCGGCGCCGAUGACGCGGGGCCGUCGGGGUUCGGGGGACGCGACCCCGAGGAGAGGGAACGGGAACGGUACUCGCCCCUACGGCAUCGCCGUUCUGACGUGGGGACGAGUACUACUGGGGAACGACCUGGGCCGGAGCGUGGGCGACGUUUCAUGUCAGUGGCUCAUGAGCCUAGCCCCGAGUUGCAGCCGCAGCAUUGGGGAGGUUCAGCCUGGGGAUCCUCGCACCAUGGGGGGUGGACGGGAUGGACCAGUGAGGCUUGGAGGGGUGAAGCCGAGGACGAGUCUUAG